AUGAGCGAACAGACCGCUGUAUUGGAUACCUCGUCGACACCCGGUAAGGCGCCUGCCCAGUCUGACACGACUAGAUCCAGCAUUGACUUGACAAGUUUCUUCCAGUGUCCGGUUUGCUUAGACUACGCGUUACCGCCAAUUCUUCAGUGUCCGAGAGGCCAUCUUGUUUGUAACAGCUGCCACUCAAAACUCAUAUCUUGUCCAAUUUGCCGAGGCCCGUUGGGAUUCAUUCGCAACUUGGCUAUGGAGAAAGUGGCUGACUUUGUACUUUUCCCGUGUAGAUACGCCUGUUUGGGAUGUGAAAUAACUCUGCCACACACAGAAAAAGCAGAUCACGAAGAAGUCUGUAAGUUUAGGCUUUAUCCCUGCCCGUGCCCUGGUACUCUCUGUAAAUGGCAAGGCACUAUGGAUGCUAUAAUGCCUCAUCUGACGAAUACGCAUAAGUGCAUUACAACAAUAGAGGGAGAGGAUAUAAUUUUCCUUGCUACCAACAUUCAUCUUGCUGGCGCUUUCGAUUGGGUGAUGAUGCAGUCCUGUCACGGCUUUCACUUCAUGUUAGUUUUGCAGAAACAGGAGGAUCACAAUGGUGACCAGUUCUUCGCAACUGUACAGCUGAUAGGAACACGCAAGGAAGCUGAAAAGUUUACUUACCGACUUGAGCUAAAGGGUCAUCGGCGACGACUGACUUGGGAAGCGACUCCUCUACCUAUUCAUGAGGACAUAGCAAAAACCAUUAAGAAUAGAGACUGCUUAAUCUUUGGUGCCAACACUGCACUGCGUUUUGCAGAAAAUGGCAAUUUAAGCAUCAAUGCAACUAUUAAUAAGUGUUGA